AGUUUGAAUCAAAAAACGAUAAUAAACAAUUUGUUAACUCAACCAAUUGAUUUCAACAAAAUAAAUCCUGAACUUGUUUAACAAAAAUAUCAAAAGCCAGUUUGUAUAACUUUAUUUACUUAUUUAUUUAUAAAAUAUACCUUGUGCAUCACAUGGCAUUGAUUUGUAUCCUUUUAAUCAAUUCCCUUUUCAAAUCAAAGAAGUAAAGAGAGGUUAAGGAGACAAUAAUUAAACAACCUGGUUUUAAUGCAGUUUAUGGUAUGUGUUCUUGUUUCCCAAACGUACUUUUUUCAGAUCAGUGUUAUCAAGCCAUGCACCAUCACAAUUUUCAAAAGAUUUUCAACAAGAGAGUAAAUUUUGAAGCCCUAAAUACUGAAAUAUUUAUAAUGCUAAUAUGCAUUUAUUGCUGAAUUAAUUAACAAUGAACUACUUCAUCAUUCAAAUUGAGCUCGUUCAGAAGUUAUUAUAUUCGAAUCGUUAAGUUUAUACAUAAGAUUUGUACCCUGGAAUUUCAAGAAUUUUCCUGAUCAGUUUUAAAAAUAUCCAGUUAAAGUUUUAACUGUUAUUUUAGAAUACUUCAUAUAGCUAUGUAAAAUUUUUAAUUUUUAUUUAUUGAGUUGUAUUUUAACAUUGCAGGUUAGUUACAUUAAUAAUGAAGAAUACUCAAUGAUUUGUUUACCCCAUAAUUCUCCGUUUUCAAGCUCUACUUCAAAUUUUAAAAUCUUUCAGGCCAAUGGCGGAAAUCUUCAAGCCCCUGGGCUUCUUCUUGUUUAUGACAUCAAACUGCUGAAAUGAGUAAAAGUUAGCUUAAAUUUGAGAUUUGUUCAAUAUUUGUAUAAUUGCUUUGUAUUUUGUAACACUGAUAUGAAAAACAAAAAACAAUGUAGCAACAUAUACAAAGAAGGCCCCGAAAGCUUGUUAAAACAAUUAAAAAUUCACUCAAUGGUCUCAUGGUCGCGAGGACCACGACACCGGAAAAUUAAAACACUAGGUAGAAAUCUGUAAUAUAGAACAAAUUUUUUUAAAGCAAAAAUGUCUUUUUUAAUGGUGACACGUUGUUUUAUCAAGAACAAAAUUUCCUUACAUCUGAGAAAACCUAGAUAAUUCAAGAAGCCUGCAAGAGAGUUCUUUAUUUGAAUAAAGAUAUUUUUUCUAAAAAGCAGUAACAGCAAAGUGGUGCAAUCUUCUGGAAGAUGAAUAGCAUGCUGCAACUUUGUGGUUGAUUUUACAAAAUUCAGUUGCUUUCUUAAAGAAAUACGUAAAUUGGGGCUGAAUUGAAAACCAAAAUAUUUGUUUGGAUAUUUUUGUGCAUUUUCGAAUUUUAUUUAUGACUUUUCAAUACUUAAAAGGAAGAAAUUUUGGCGUGGAAGAAUUUUUUUAAGUUCCGCUUUUUUUGCCAAAAUGUAGCCAAGUCGACGCAAAAUUUAAAUUAUUUGACCCUUUACUCUAAUUGAAAGAAAAACUACCAAUUUUUUGAGUUUUUCAUAAAUAUUGUUUACAUUUUGUCCUAUUUUAAUACUUGAAUCAUUUUUCUCGUACUAGGAACCUAGAUGUUUUUUAAAACAUAUUCACAAUUGGACUCUUAAUGGAAAAAAGUCUGGAGUUUUAAUGGGAAAUGUGAGCACCAACCCUGUAAACGUUAAUGUUGAAAGAAUGUGUUUCACUUGAUACUAGAUUUUCAUUCCAUAUUGCGAUAUACUUUGUUUAAAAAACACUUUUUUUACAGUCAUUUUCUUAUAUUUAAAAAGUGUUCCAAAAGGAAACAACUCCGCAUUUUAUUUUAUUUUUAAAAUUCUGAUUGCAAAAAGAACUGCUGCAGCUUGCUUAAAAAGCGUUUUAAUCAAAAAUUGCCCCUCCGAAUAAAUAUUUGCACGCAUCCAAUCUCCUAUGUGAAUUCCGCAAAAAUCUCUUCCAAAACAAUUUAUUUGCUUCAGUUAGACUAUUAGAAUUCACUAACAUUAGCGUUUUGGAAAUCUGUAGGUUGGAAAUGCAUUGACAUCACAUCACGCUGCAUUUGUAUUAGGUGCCUACCUGCUGUAGGCACCUACUACAAAUGCAGCAUGAUGUGACUACAAAAAUUGUUUGGCUUAUAAUGGUUCAAUUUAUUACUGUUUUGUAUUAUUCUGUUUAAUUUUAAAAAGACAUUUUUGAAAACUCAAAAACUUAGAAUUUAUUUGGUUGGUUAAGUUUGUUAUAUCAACAAUACAACGGCGCUGCUAUGGGACGCAUCAGAAGACAACGACGUUAUAAAGCUUGUGAUCCCUUUAGUGUUAAAAAGAAAACUGGAAACGAAGAUAUGUAUAAUCAACCUCCAAAACAGAAAGAAGUAAUAAAUGAUUAUUUUGUUAAAAAUAAAAGUUACCUGCACUUUCAGCAAAAAAUUAAACGUGGUUCUAUCAAAAAAUCCACAAAUAAAGGUCAUAGACAAACGGCAAUAAAAAACGACAAACAAACCAAAAAAACAGAAUUUCAAAAACGUGGCAGUGAAACCAAUAAAGCCUUUUUACAACGGCUAGAUCGAAGUGUUCAGGAAGCUUUCGACAAAGCAAUAGUGAAAACCAAAACAAUACGGAAAAAAAGAAAGGAACAUCUGAAGGCUAGAGAUUUGAAGAAGAAAAACAAAAAAAUCGACGACUUGCACACUGAUUUUUCGUCUUUCGGAGAUAAAGUUUUGUUCGGUCAAAUUGUACAGCAGCCACCUUGCAGUUUACCUGUUCCAAGAAAAGCCCCUGUAAAAGAAAAGAUGUCUCGUAAUCUACAGCUAAUACCACUGCUUGAGAAGAAAGAAAACGAGAUUCAAUCUGUAGAUGAUAGGAAGAAGAGAUAUAUCAGCAAAAAGGAACGUAUGGAUUUCGAUGCUAAGCGGCAAAAAGCAAUAAAUGCAUAUCGAUCACUAAAGAAAAAACGUAAGCAAAUGAAAGACUUGAAUGAAGUAUAAAGUAAAAAUAAUGUAAAUGACAUAUUUUUUUAUAGUCUUUAAGUCGACAAUUUUAGUAGUGCUUGAAACAACACUGCAGAACACUAUAAAGGUAUAUAGACGCCGUAUUCAUUAAUUAAAUCGCUUUUCAAAGUGUUUUGAUGUUCAUUUGCAAAAAUAUGCAUAAAAAUGUAGACAUAGCGAUCUGCAGAUAUCCAUUGUCGCCCUAGCGAGUUAAUUUACAUUGGAAAAACCUAAAGUCGACAAAAAUAAUUACAUUAGAAAAGCCUUAAGUCGACAAAUACGGAAAUAUGAAAUAUAAAUACGCAGGAAUAAAAUAAAGGUUGCUAUAUAAAAAGUGCGUUACUAUUAGUGCGAUUUAAGCGCAAACGCUAGAAAGUGAAUAUUGAGCUACUGUUAUUCGAAUCUUAAUAAAGAAUAUAAAUUUAGUUCGAUUAUUGUAAAUUCCUAAAUAUGCGGGAAUCGUUGUCCCUGUAAAUACACACUUGUGCAAAAAGACAGCAGAAAUUGUAGACGAAACAAUACUCAAGAAGAACGAAGGUUCAAUAUAAAACGUUUCCUUUAAAUUUAUAAAAGAACAUUGUUGUGUCCUUGUAAUUUCUUGAGCGAAAAAAGUCUAUAAUAAACUUCCCCUUUCUGACUGUAAAAGAAUUUAUUAGAAGUUGGGCGUUUACUUAGUUUUUUAUGUUUUAGUGGGCGUUAUAAGUUAUUAGAGGUAACCAAGAGUUUGAAAAUUAUUUUAAGUUGAAUUUGAAGUUCACAGAGAUAAAUAAACAGUUUGAAUAA